AGCGGAGCCGGCGGCGCGGCUGCAGCGGCAGGCGGGGGAGCGCUCCUCACCGCUCCGCCUCCGACCGCCGCCCGCUGCGGGGAUGUGUGAUUGCCAUGGCGAGGCGGCUCUUCCCGGGGGCCUGGCUGAGGAAGCCCCACUCCGCGCAGGUCCGUCUGUCAUACAUGCGGAUCAAAUAUCUCUUCAUCUCCUGGUUGGUAGUGUUUGUUGGCAGCUGGAUUAUGUAUGUCCAGUACUCCACCUACACAGAACUGUGCAGAGGACAUGACUGUAGGAAAAUAAUAUGUGAUAAAUACAAGACUGGUGUUAUUGAUGGGUCAGCAUGUAGCAGUCUUUGUGCUAAAGAAACAUUGUAUUUUGGAAAAUGUUUGUCAACAAAGCCCAAUAACCAGAUCUAUUUAGGAAUCUGGGGAAAUCUGCAAAGUGUUAUAAAAUGCCAGAUGGAAGAAGCUGCUCAACUUGAUUUUGGUACUGACCCAGAACCAAGGAAGGAAAUAGUCCUAUUUGAUAAACCAACAAGAGGAACCACCGUUGAAAAAUUCAAAGAAAUGGUAUAUGGUCUUUUUAAAGCAAAACUGGGUGAACAAGGAAAUCUUUCAGAACUGGUUAAUCUCAUCCUGUCUUUCGCUGAUGGAAACAAAGAUGGAAGAGUCUCUUUGCCAGAGGCAAAAUCUGCAUGGGCACUCCUGCAGCUUGAAGAGUUUCUGUUAAUGGUGAUCUUGCAGGAUAAAGAGCAUACUCCCAAGCUGAUGGGUUUUUGUGGGGAUCUCUAUGUGACAGAAAGAGUUGAAUAUACCUCUCUCUAUGGAAUCAGCCUUCCAUGGAUUAUAGAACUUCUCAUUCCCUCUGGCUUCAGGAGAAGCAUGGACCAGUGGUUCACUCCAUCAUGGCCAAGAAAGGCAAAAAUAGCUAUAGGGCUUUUAGAAUUUGUGGAAGACAUUUUCCACGGACCUUAUGGUAACUUUCUUAUGUGUGAUACAAGUGCCAAAAACUUGGGAUAUAAUGAUAAAUAUGAUUUGAAAAUGAUGGACAUGAGAAAAAUAGUGCCAGAGAUUAAUUUGAAGGAAAUAAUUAAAGAUCGUCAGUGUGACUCAGAUUUGGACUGCAUUUAUGGUACAGACUGUAGAACACUAUGUGACCAAAGCAAAAUGCGAUGUACCACUGAAGUAAUUCAGCCAAACUUAGCAAAAGCUUGUCAGCUCCUUAAAGACUAUCUGCUUCGUGGUGCUCCUUCUGAUAUCCAUGAAGAACUAGAGAAACAACUCUACUUGUGCAUUGCCCUUAAAGUCACAGCAAAUCAGAUGGAAAUGGAGCAUUCUUUAAUACUCAAUAACUUAAAAACUUUACUGUGGAAGAAAAUUUCUCAUACAAAUGACUCGUAGCUUCUCCACCAGCAGAAGAGAAUAUUGAUGCCUGUCACUAGAGGUGGCCUAAGACAUUUGAUAAAAACAAUCUGCACCUUUUAAAAAAGAUAUUUCUUUAUUCAGAUUUUAUUAAUGGUUCUUUCAGUCCUGCCCUUCAGUCAGUAAGUGAUGACAGGGCUUCUCAAAAAAUGAACAUGCCACUGAAUGAUCAGGCAGAGGCCAGAAGUCCUUCUGGUGUUCAGUGCUGUGUUAUGGAAACAACAACUCUGCAUGCUUGACUGUUCUGUGCACUUUUUCAGAUCUUGAACAGGAUGAAAGUGUUCACUGUGCCACCACAUCAGCUGAGGGAACAUCUUCCAUUUCUGUGGAAAACAUUGCUCACUUGUGAAAUACCUGCAGAGGAUUUUUUUCCUGAGUAGUUUUAUGAAGAAUCACCACUACUGCAAGUAAUGUGUCCAAGUCCAAGCUGCUGUUAUGAAUAAACUGAACUGUGAGAUUGAAGUUUACUAAUA